AUCAAGGUAGAUACCUCUGCUCAGGACGAAUCUCUAAAGUUACCACUACCAACAGCAUCAAGAACACGUCGUCGUUCUUCCACAUUCAACCAAAGAAGACUUUCCGGCAUCAAAGAGCCGGGUUUGCGUUCUCGUUCUGGGUCAUUUUCGGUAGUGAAGACCGAUGUUGAAGAACACAUACCUGCUAGAAUAGGCAUCCCUGUAGGGAAGCCAAUAAAGAGAAGACGUUCACUGGCCGCCAGUCGGUCCGGUGCUGGUUUAAAGAGAAUAUCCAUAGCGUCUUUGGUAAGCAGUACUGUGUCAACUAAGGAACAAACUCCCAUGAUUGAAGAAGAAACGGAUGCUGACAAGGCAGAAAAGAAUAAAAAAGUGGUUAGUGCUGAAUUUGUGGUUGGGUUAGACCCCAAGACUAAUCGCUUGCGUAAAUUCAGAAGAAAGGGAACUACUCCAAAAGUGGAAGAAACAGAAGAUGUGAUCAACAUAAAAGAAGAGGAAAUCCCCGAAGAACCUGAUGAUUUGAUCACCACUAUAAGUAACAUUCACCAGCUUCCUAGAAAAGCAGUUGAUGAAGAUGUUGAGCUUUAUGGAGAAGUUGAAUUUAAUGCUGAAGAAAUGACCAUGGCUGAUUUAUGUAAACCUACAUUACCUAUUGGUAAAGUGAGUGGAAACUUCCAGCUAGUCAAAGAAGCUAAAGCUACUCUUCGGGAGAAGCGAGAUUUGCGUAGAAAAGACCGUGAAUUGGCCAAGAUACGUCGUGUGCCUGUUGAAGAAGCAAAAAAGAUGAAUAUUAAAGCUCGAAAAGAAGAAGCCGAGAAACGAGGUGAAACAAUUGAAGACGUAGCAGAAUCAGAUAGCAAAAAAGAGCUUGAGAAGAAAUCGUUGUUUGAUGAAGACGCUCCUAAAGUUAGUUCAAACUUGCAAUUACAAUUAACUGAUGGCAAAAUUGUCUUUGAUGAAGAAUCUGCAAUUAUUGUCAAACCUCGUGCUGAUAUUGCUGGUCGUUCAAUCGAGCAUUCAAACCCUUUUGCUACCCCAAUCACCUCAACAACUUAUAGUAAACGAGUUGUCACUGAUAAAUGGGAAGCGAGUGAAGUGAUUACAUUUUACCAAGCAUUGAGCAUGUUUGGUACUGAUUUCUCACUUAUCGCACAAUUGUUCCCCUACAGAACUAGGAAACAAGUUAAGCUGAAGUUCACCCUUGAAGAAAGGAAACAUCCCGAAGUUGUGUCUGUGGCACUCAAGAGGAAACUCCCUGUUGAUUUCGAGAAGUAUUGUCAAAAUAUCAAUACCAAGAUUGAAACAUUGGAUUAUUAUAAUGAAGAAUUGAAGAAGGUGAGACAUGAACAUGAACAAAGUUUGAAUGCUAUUGCUGUGGAAAGAGACCGUGCAUUGAGAGAGGAUGCCGAAGCCAGUAGACGUAGAGAGAUUGAAAUUAGAACUGGGGCCAAGCCAAUGACUAGAGCUGAAAAGCUUAAGGAGUUACGUAAGAAUGAAAUGGUUGUUGGGUCUAUUGAUGAUGUCAAGAAACAAAGAGAAGGAGAAGAAGUAUCGAAAUAGAAUAAUUUAUAGUGUAUUUUAUAUUUUUAUCAAGCUUUUUUUGCAG